UACAGGGAAUAUUGGACCCGCAUCACGAGGUGCAUUUCCUUGAAAACGACCGAUUCGUGGAUUUUAUACCGACUUCAAGACAUGUUUUGGACAAAAUAGUUUACUGGCUUGUGUCGUCUGGAUGUAAAUAGUUGGAUUAUGGCCGUUUUUUGUGGAAUAUUUUCAUCUGUGUGUAAUAAUGAACCCGGAAAUGUGAGUCACGCUGUGUGCGUUGAAGCCGUGUAUAGAGAACGGAUGGAUGGAUAUUUGUUUUUGUCGGACAAAUGUGUUUUUCUCACCCGCUGUGGUAAUCACAUCUGAAAGUGGUUUAUACCGGCGGAUUCAUGAGAAUCUAAGCUUUCCAUCGGCGUAUAGUGUUUGUAUAAUCGCGUUUGCAGCCGUCGGACAUUCUUGAAAUUCCUAUGCAAAUUAGUAAGUGUACCGCCGGCGGUACACUGAAGCUUAACGUUACCUAUUAGUCACGUUUCUUCACGUUACCGAUUAGAGAAAGCGUGUAGCAUAUACAUUUAUAUCUGCUCCAUGCCUGAUAUCAGGCAAGAUCCCAGACUGGAGGUAUUAGCCUAUUUAAAAGUGUGACUGUGUCUGUGAAAUAAUUUCAUUUCCAAUAUGCCAGUAUUAAUCAUCCUGCCCUAAACCCAUAUAUGCAUAUUGUUUAGUAAAAGAUGUCAAAGGAUGUAGGGGUGAAAAAUCUUUCCAAAACUAGUAGUCCCAAAAUCUGAUGGAUGACAGAGGUUUUUGAGAAUUACAGCUAGAAUAGAAUACCAGUAAUAGAAUACCACAUCAUGUACUUGUUAAUUCUAUAAAAAGCACCUAUUCUUUAUUUCAGACCUCUUCUAGAGCCCUCUCCUUCUACAAGACUAUCAUGACUAUAUUUUUCAUGAAUUGACUAAUUUGAUCCUGAUUAAUAUUAUACAAUAGCAGUUUGCUUAGAAAAGCAAUAUGCUGUAUGAAGAUUUUCUAAGGUAAAGGACCCUGACCUCUGUCAACAAAGCUUGUGUGAGAAAAUUAUCCUUAUUCUCUAAUAACACAGUCUGCACUUUUCUUGUCUUUAUUCAUGGUUCUUUCCCCAGAUGCCUACACAAAAAGAUUGCACGACAUGUAAAAAAAGCAUAGGGGUGGCAAGUAAGACAUGCCAGCACUGUGGUGGCAAGCAGCCGUAUAAAGUCAGGCUGGAGAGCCAGAAAGAGAAGCUUGCUUCAGAAGGUUGGAGAGAGCGGCAAAAGACAAACAGCAGCAUCAACAAAGUAUAUGAUGCCACAAAUCUUUUGCUCCACAAAUGGAAUCUUUUGGACAGACAUCCAGUCCUCUUUCUGGCCAAAAAAAACGCUGCUGGCUUUGUGGCAGAAUGCCUCUGUCCACGGCAAAUGGACACAGAAGAGGUUAAGGAUGCCUUUGACACAAUGAAGGGGAUAUAUGGAGGUCUCCUUAAUGUGACUGUUGCGGCACAGACCAGUGAGGUUCCUGCAUCUGUGUCCACCUCCCCUGCUCCUCCUGUGUCCACCUCCCCUGCUCCUCCUGUGUCCAUGUCCACCUCCCCUGCUCCUCCUGUGUCCACCUCCCCUGCUCCUCCUAUGUCCAUGUCCACCUCCCUUGUUCCUCCUGUGUCCACCUCCCUUGCUUCCCCUGUGGCCACCUCGAAGCAGAAAAGAAAAUCAAGGAAUGCAGACCCUAGUGAAUGUCCUGUUCAUCAAGGCUCAAGUGUUUUCCCUUACAAAAAAAUCCUCAAGAAAAGACUCAGAGAGGGCCGCGUCGAGGUUUUGGUGCAGUGGCAACCUUGCUCUGGAUGUGGAGCAAAGUGGAAAAACUCCUGGGAGCUUCAAGACAAUGUGGAACUUUGAGUGCAUAACAUCAUUAUUCAUAUUUGGAGAAUUCUGAAAUAAAUGCCACAUUCUGUCAA